AUGGGGCGCGUUGCACGGUACAAGAAGGUGAAAGCGAUUGGUCAGUCGCAGGCACCGAAGAAGAAGCGGGGAAAGAAGCACGUCCGCCACUCGGCCAGGGACACCUUUGGUGUCAACGACAUCAUCACCGCGGAGGGCGACGUCGGACGCGCACAGGUGGUGACACAGGGCAUCCUGCCAAGCGGCCUGCCCGCGAUCCCAUCCAUCCCGGGCCUGCCGGGGCAAACGAAGAAGGCGAAGAACUCCCGCAAGAAAAACAAGUUCAAGAAGGGGCGCAAGGGCGAGGGCGACGACGAUGAGGAGCUCCUACCACAGGCGCCGAUGGACCCGGAGGCGCUCAGGCAACACCUGGAGGAGCAAGGCGGCGGCAAGAUCAUCUUCAGACACGCCUCGGCAACAGAGCCCGUGAAGCAGGAAACAAAGACCCUCCGGCAAAUCAAGAAGAAGCAGUGGAAGACAAAGAAGGAGCGCAAGCGCCAAGAACGCCGUGCAGAGGCCAUGCUCGCCCAAGAAGAGCAAGAGCACGAACCAAAGAAGGACGUAGUUGCGUUUGGAGAGGUUGCCCAAGCACCCCCGGAGUUGACAGCACAGCCUCGCAAAAAACACUCGAACCUGUCCAAGGAGCAGCGGAAAAAGAUGGCGCCGGUGCAGCAGCUGCGAUUGGAGCAAGAGCGAGAGCGCGUCAUCGCGUUGUAUCGGCAACAGAAGCAGCGCAGGCGCCAGCUGCAAGCUCCAAUUCUCAAGUGA